AGCUGCCAGCUCCAGCAGCCCAGAUCGCGCAGUAUUAUUGCAUGGCACCUGUGCGGAUGCGGCUGUAAAGCAGUGGUCACCGUCUCCGGGAGCCCACUUCUAUGUGGAGAGGGGAGCACCCAGAGAGGGUCUUAGGGUGAAAUUUCAAUUUUGGCGUAUCACUCAGUGGGUACUGUCGUGACUAUGGCUAUGUUAACACUUCCUUCCUCCCGAGGAGACCUCCCUGCCACAGGCGCUGGAGUCCUCCCAUGGCUUCACAGAAGCAGAUGGAGGUAGUGACCAAAGGAACUGGGUUCCGGCGCCGCCCCAAGACGACCACUUACACCCCGGGGACCUGCGAGCUGCUCAGAGUGAUGAUGAAGGAAUCCAAACUGACGAAUAUCCAGCAGCGCCACAUCAUGGACAUCAUGAAAAGAGGAGAUGCUUUGCCCCUACAGUGCAGCCCAACAUCCAGCCAGAGGGUCUUACCUUCCAAGCAAAUAGCCUCGCCCAUCUACCUGCCUCCCAUCCUCACAGCCCGUCCCCACCUCCGGCCUGCCAACAUGUGCCAAGCCAAUGGGGCCUACAGCCGGGAGCAGUUCAAGCCUCAAGCCACCAGGGAUCUGGAGAAGGAGAAACAAAGACUCCAAAAUAUCUUUGCCACGGGGAAGGACCCAGAGGAACGGAAAAGAAAGACCCCUCCUGCACGACAGGAGGUUCCAGCCCCUGAGCUAGACCAAUUUGAAGAGUUGGUGAAGGAAAUCCAGGAGAGGAAAGAAUUCCUGGCUGACAUGGAGGCCCUGGGACAGGGCAAACAGUACCGAGGAAUCAUCCUUGCUGAAAUCUCCCAGAAACUCCGGGAAAUGGAAGACAUUGACCGCAGAAGGAGUGAGGAACUUAGGAAGGCUCUUACCACCACUUCAUCUGUCUCCAGAGACGGGCAGGGUAGCCCAAGCUCGACCACUGGAGUCCACUCCUCUGCCAGGCAGGGCCAUCCUCAGGCUAGCCCAUCCUACCAGCCUUCAGCCACGUCAGAUGGUGGCACAGCACUGCCCUGCAGUACCCCAAGGCAUACUCCGCAGCCUAGCCCCUGCCCCGGAAUGCAGUUGGAGCCUCAGACUCACAGCCCCAUCCACAGAGAAGCAAGGCCCGAGCAUCCCUACUAGGACGUGUGUCUAUAGGUAUCCACUGGGCCUGCUUCCCAACACCUCUGGCCUGUGGCCUGCUCAUUUAGUUUUCUGAAUUCAGGAAUGAAUAUGAUUCCUUUCUUCCUGUUUUAGGAUUUACUUAUUUGAUUUCUUACCGCCUUAGGCAAGUAUUCAACCACAAUGAUUAACUGGCCAAUAAAACAUAUUUAACGUGGGUCAUUACAAGCACCA